AUGUCGAUCGAGUCGGUCAUCACUUCCAAAGAGGACCCCACCAAGCUCUUCGACCUCAUCGAGGAGUUGGCUGUGGGCUCCUAUGGUCACGUGUACAAGGCGAUUUACAAACCCACACAAGAUGUAGUGGCCUUGAAGAUCAUCCAGCUUGAAGAGGACGACACCUUCGAGGAAAUGAUGAUCGAAAUUCUGAUUCUUCAGAAGUGCAGCGACAAGAACAUCGUGAAGUACUUUGGAAGCUGGAAGAAGGGCGAGGAACUAUUUAUUGCAAUGGAGCUGUGCGACGGCGGGUCAGCGAACGACCUCUACCAAAUUUUGGAGACUCCCUUGACGGAAAUGCAGAACAGGUGGAUCACGCACCAAUCGCUCUGUGGUCUGGCCUACAUGCACAAGAAGGUAGGCACCAGCCAGCCAUCCCUGAUCUGCGCACCCACCCGCGGCUCCGCGGAGACUGAGGAUGGCAUCAUCCACAGAGAUAUCAAGGCCGCCAACAUCCUGCUGACUGAGUCGGGCCAGGUCAAGCUCACCGAUUUCGGUGUCUCGGCGCAGAUGGCGUCGCCCCACGACAAGCGCAGGACUUUCAUCGGCACCCCGUAUUGGAUCGCCCCCGAGGUCGUCAACACCGUGAUCGCGCCUUACAAUGAAAAGUGCGAUUUGUGGUCGCUGGGUAUCACAUGUAUAGAAAUGGCGGAACUUCAGCCGCCGCUGCACGAGAUCGCCCCGAUGACGGCGGUCAUGCAGAUCCCCAAGAACCCACCGCCUCGCCUCAAGUCCCCCUCCAGCUGGUCGCCCGAGUUCAACGAUUUCCUGAAGGAGUGCUUCGUCAAGGAUCCCGACCAGAGAAAGUCUGCCGAGGAGCUCCUCAAGCAUCCGUGGUUCGCAGGAAUCGAGAAGGAGGACGGCACGAUCAUCAAGAACCUGAUCAGGCUCACCCGCGAUGCCGAGGCCGCCUUCAUCACCGCUCCCACCGAGGGUCGCGAUUCGAUGGAGAUUUCCGAUGACGACCUCGACGAGUCCGAAAAGUCGGAGUCGGGAGAGGUGGCCGCCUCGCCGACCGUGGCCGUGGAGGCUCCGGUGGCCGUCCCCUCCCCUCCCACGCGCAUGGCGACCAUCCGCGACAGCCCCCAGUGGGGCACCAUGACCGAGGAGGAGAAGCGCAAGGCUCUCCACGAAGAGAGGAAAACGAAGGAAAGGGCUGCAGAGCAGAACCGCCGCCCCACCCUGACCCGCACGCUCAAGUCGAACGGCGCCAGGGCAGUCGUCAAGAAGAAAGUUUUGAAGCAGCAGAUCAAGCAACUCGGCAAGUUGAUGAAGGCCCACGAGCAACAGCAGCAAAGGCAGCUCAAGGCUCACCAGGAGCAACUCGAUCAAUUGAAGGCGCUGCACGACGGCAAGCUCCAGAACCAGCUGAAGGAGGUCGUCAGGGUGCAGAAGCGCAGGGAGAAGGAGUACCUGACCGAGACCGACACACAGAAGAGGGAGCACUCGGGGGAUCAGCGGCAGAUGAAGCGAGAGCACGAGAACGACAAGAAGAAGAGCCUCAGGGACAUCAAGGAGGAGCAGAAGAGGCUCACCAAGGACUUCAAGGCCCAGCAGAAGGUCAAGGAGAAGAACUACCAGGACGAGAAGAAGCGGAUGAAGAAGGAGAAGGCGUCGCCGGAGGCUCUGAAGAACCUGGACACGUCGUUCAAGAACUCGACGCUGUUCGACCAGCUGCUGUUCUCGCAGAAGAUCGCGAUGGAGGAGAAGAAGAAGGACAACAGCAUGACGCUGUACCAGCAGCGGCAGCAGUGCCAGAAGUCGCGAGAGCAGCAGCAGCAGCAGGUGUCGACGGGGAUGAAGCAGUUCCGGGAGACGCAGAAGUUCGACCUGGCCAACCUGCAGACCAAGCAGCAGACGGAGCUGGAGAACAUCGGCGAGCAGCUGACGCUCGAGCAGCGGCAGCUGCAGGAGCAGCAGGCGCUGCAGAAGGAGCAGGUGCUGGAGCACCACCGGCUGGUGACGGAGCAGCAGCACCGGCAGCACCAGGACGAGGAGCGGGUGAACAACCGCGAGUUCAAGGAGAUGCAGAAGAAGCAGACCAAGGAGUGGCAGAAGGCCAACCGGAGCGUGAACCGCGUGGACAAGCGGUCCAAGCUGAACGAGUUCAAGCGGAAGCAGCAGCAGGAGGAGGUCACCUUCCUCGAGAACGCGCUCAAGCGCCGCCAGGAGCUCGAGCGCGAGACGCAGCAGCAGCAGGCCGACCAGCUCUCCACGCUCUCGCAGCAGCACACCAUGGCCCGCGACGCCCUCUCCAACGACCAGCGCGAGCGCCAGGAGAACCUCAAGCAGCAGCACGAGAAGCAGAUGCACGACCUCCUCCGCCAGCAGCACGUCGACCGCAUGGCCAGGCUGCGCCAGGACCACUUCAAGCAGAUCACCCUCGCCAAGCAGCAGCAGGAGGACCUCCUCGCCUCGCUCCGCACCCUCCAGGAGGGCGAGCUCGAGCUCCAGCGCCAGCACCACCAGCAGCAGCUCACCUCCCAGAAGGACUUCUCCCGCACCGAGGAGGAGCGCGCCAACGACCUCAACCAGCUCAUCGCCGAGCAGCGCGAGCACGAGGCCAAGAUGAGGGACGAGUUCACCAACAUCAUCAACUUGUCGGUGCCGAACUACGGUGAUUCGAAGCCGUCGUCUCUCCGGAACGGGCGGGUGCCGUCGCCCCCGCCGCCACGCUCGCCCUCGCCGCCUCCCUACCCGGGCCGUUCGCCUUCGCCGCCCUACCCCGGCCGCUCGCCCUCGCCGCCUCCAGCCCUCCCGCCUCUCUCGGCGGCAGAGCUCAACGGCUUUGCUGAUUACGAAGGCGGGUCGUCGUCUCAUCAGUCGCAACCGGCCUAUGGCAUGCAGUAA